AUGAGCCGAGCUGUGGAAGACACAGCACUUUUGCAAACACCAAUUCCGUUGGGUAAAGAUGGUGUACAUGAAAAAUUUAUUGGCCAACGAGUGUGA